AUGAAAAACCAAAAGCAAAGAGAGCAAGAUUUAAAAGAAAUUGAGAAGGCUUACUCAACUAUUUUGUCAAAACUCCCUUUGACAAAUGAAGGUGUUGAGUCAACCCCUAAAAGAGCAGCAAAAGCCCUUUUAGAGCUAACUCAAGGCUACCAUACAACGCCUGAAGAGAAAAUCGGUGAAGGAAUUUUCCCAUAUGAAGGCGAUGGAGUGGUCCACGUAAAAGGCUUACUCCUGACUAUAUAAGGGCUAAGGCUAAAUCUCUUUAUAAGAUAGUAUCGUUAUUUGCAGAUUUUUGAACUCUACCACCUAAGUGUGGAAUUUUUUCCGCGUGUGAAAGAGGAUUCCACAUGUGAAAUCAAAAGGGCUUCACAUGUGGAAUCCUCUUUUCACACACGGAAAAACUUCCACACUUAGGUGGUAAAGUUCAAAAAUCUGCAAAUAACGAUAAAAAUCUAUUUUAUAUGUAUAAUUAUGAAUUAUUUUAAUCCAAACUAUUACUAUUAUAAUUUAGCUUGCAUAAAAAAUUAGCUUAAAUUAGGUCUCCUUUUAUACCACAAAUACGAAUUUCCAAAAAAAAUCCUGUGAAAAGAGGGGAAAGCUAGAAAUUUGUUCAUUAUGUGAGCAUCAUCUGCUUCCAUUUAUUGGCACUUGCUCUAUAACGUAAGCUAUAUUUAGUUACAUCCCUGAUAAAAAGAUUUUGGGAUUAAGCAAACUCAAAAGGAUUUCUGACAUCUACGCUCGUAGGCUACAAGUCCAAGAAAGGCUCACAGAGCAAAUAGCAGAAGCUAUUGAGAAAUCAGUCAAUCCUAAAGGAGUUUUAGUCGUCAUUCGAAGUGUCCAUUUAUGUAUGAAGAUGAGAGGAGUGUGCGAGAAAGAUCCUGAAACUUGUACAGUGGUCAGGAAGGGAGAAUUCGCUAGAAACCAGCUCCUCACAAUGCAGUAUGUAAGCGAAAGUCAUCAAGCCCCUAAGCUUUAG